AUGAUGUCAAAAGUUGAGUUAAGUUCCUCAAAUGCGGACAUUAUUUUACAACUAUUUAUUUUAAGUGACUGAAAACCUUAGAAAGUUUAUUCGGUGUCAAUAACAAUUUACAACAGUAGCGGUUAGAGUACAGUGAAAUUGUAAACAGAAUGAAACAGAGGACAAGAUUUUUUACAUAAAAAGGAAGGCAUCAGUCACAAAGUAAUAAUGGUAUAGUUUUCUAUUGUACAAUAGAGACCAUUUUAUAAAAGAUGGCACCCCUGUCUGAAGAAGAAGAUAAUUAUAUCCGAUUAGCUUUGUUAUUGAAAGGAGUGUCACCAAGAGCAGUUCGUACUUAUUUUGAUAGAGAAUAUCCACCGACUCAUCUACCCUCGACACUGAAAACAAACUACAACACCCUUGAUGGCCUGACAAAAACCAGAGUGAUAAACGACGCUCAGUGGAAUAUUUUAUUUCCAAGAAAUGGUGCACCUGAUUCCAAAUGUUUUGAUGUUUCACUGAUGAUCUGUUUGAUCAGAAACUUGACAUAUGUUAUUCCUCCUAUCAAUGGAUUUGACAGUCUUCCACUACCAAGUGAAACAACACCAGGACCUGAUCUAACCAGGAUUGAAUGGUACAGAAACAAACUAGCUCAUCAUGGUAGUAAUGCAAUAGACAGUGCUUAUUUCAAUACAGCUUGGAGUGAUAUAUCAAAUGCUGUAAGUAGAUUGGGUGGUCAACCAUUGAAUCAAGAAUGCCAAAAAUUGAAAGUGAAAAUCUUAGAUCAGUCAAAUCAGGAAAUUAUGUUUGAAAUUAAACAAGCAGAGGAAGAGAUGAAAAAACUUAGACAAGCAGUGGACAGUUUGAGGACAGAACACUCUGAAGUGACAGAAAAUCUGAGAAGGUUACAAGAUUUUCACAGUACUUUACAGGCUGAACAUUUAGAAAUUACAGUAGAUUUUAGCAGGUUACACGAUUUUCACAGUACUUUACGGACUGAACACUCAGAAAUGACAGAAAAUCUAAGGAACUUACAAGAUUCUCACAAAACUUUACUGACUAAACACUCAGAAAUUACAGAACUUUUAAAAGACCCCAUACCAUGGAACAUCAAAGAACAAAUAAAAGAUGAGUUAGAAGCUUGGAAAGUAGACGACAACAUGUUUAUUAAAACAAACGGAGCAAAAAGUGUAUUAAGGUGUAUUAAAAAACAUGGUUGCAUUGUUGUCACCGGAAGUUCCGGUACAGGCAAAUCAUAUUUAGUGCGUCAUGUAGCUUUAAAAAUGCAAAAAGAAGGCUAUAAUAUAAUACCAGUUUCAAACCCUGAAGAAAUUAUCAAGUGGUACAAUCCAAGCAAGAAGACCUUGUAUGUUGUCGAUAAUUUUUGUGGAACAUAUGCUAUAAAUCAAAUGCAUUUCGAUAAAUGGACAAAUCUGAUGGAAAAAAUCAAAACACUAAUAGAAAUGAAACCUGUAAAGUUAAUCAUGUCUUGUAGACUACAGGUUUAUAACGAUGAAAAAGUUAAAUCUUUAUCAUUUUUUCGAUUAUAUGAAUGCAAUCUUUUGUCUGAAGAUUUAUGUUUAUCAAAAACAGAAAAACAAUCUAUUGCUGAACUUUAUUUGAAAACAAAUGCUUAUAAGGUCAGUGAAUUUCAUGACCUUUUUGACUGUUUUCCGCUUUUGUGUCAAUUAUACAGCAAAAAUACCAAACGAAAUAUUAUCAAUUUCUUUAAGAAUCCAUUUGCAGUUUUCAGAGAAGAGAUAGAUCAACUACAGACAGAGGGAGCACAUGUUAAAUACUGUGCACUGGCUCUAUGUGUCAUGUUUAACAAUCAUGUCAAAGAAGAAUGGCUUACAGAAGAUGUUGAUAAAGAUAUCAAAACUAUUAUAAAGAGCACAUAUGAAGCUUGUAAGGUGGUGAAAGGGACUUCACGAUUGGUUGUUCGUGAUGAGCUGGAUUCACUUACUGAUACAUUUAUCAGAAAGGAAGGUACAGUGUACAGAACUAUUCAUGACAAACUGUUUGAUUUUCUUGCGUUUUACUUUGGCAAUGUGAUGAUUCAAUGCUUAAUUAAUAAUGCUUCAAGUCGUUUUAUUCGUGAAAGGUUUCUAUUUGAAAAGCAUUGCAACUGUGAUAACUUUAUAACUAUUCUACCAAAAAGAUACCAGGAAAUUUAUUUAAAGAGAAUGGUUGAUGAUUGGUCAAGAGAAAACCUAGAAGAUGUCUACUAUAACAUUAAUAUGUCGAAUCAAAUCUUCAGGCAAAGAUUCCUCGUACAUAUUCAAAGUUUAGAAGUAUCACAACAGACACAAAUAGAUAGUAUAUAUCUGUACAUUGCUUGUUCAUAUGGACAUACUGAACUACUUCGGAUGUUAACGAAUAAUAAGGCAGACAUUUCUAAGUUUAGAGGUACUAUACCAUCACCUAUGUUCUUUGCUUGUAAACAGGGACAUACUGAAAUUGUUCAGAUGUUAAUAAACAAUAAGGCAGACAUUAAUAAGUGUAAAGAUAUUGGAGAAUCACCUCUGUAUGUUGCUUGUUGGAAAGGAGAAACUGAAAUAGUUCAGAUGUUGAUAAACAAUAAAGCAGACAUUAAUAAGUGUACAAAUAUUGGAGCAUCACCUCUAAUCAUUGCUUGUCAGUCAGGGAAUACUGAAGUAGUUCAAUUGUUAAUAAGCAAUAAUGCAGAGAUUAAUAGGUGUACAUAUAUUGGAGCAUCACCUCUGUUCCUUGCUUGUCAGAAAGGCCAUGCUAAAUUAGUUGAGUUGUUACUAUACAAUAAGGCAGACAUUGAUAAGUGUAGUGAUGAAGAAGUAUCACCUCUAUUAAUUGCUUGUAUAAACGGACAUACUGAAGUCGUUCAGAUGUUAAUAAACAAUAAGGCAGACAUUAAUAAAUGUACAUUUACUGGAGAAUCACCUCUGUUCAUUGCUUGCCAUAAAGGAAAUAUCGAAGUAGUUCAGAUUUUAAUUGAUAAAGCAGACAUUAAUAAAUGUACAAAUACUGGAGUAUCACCUCUAAGCAGUGCUUGUGGGGAAGGACAUACUGAAGUAGGUCAGAUGUUAAUUACCAAUAAGGCAGACAUAAAUAAGUGUACAGAUACUGGAGAAUCAACCCUGUUCAUGGCUUGUAAGAAUGGACACAUUGAAGUAGUUCAGAUGUUAAUCAACAAUGAAUCAGACAUUAAUAUGUGUACAGAUACUGGAGAAUCACCUCUUUACAUUGCUUGUCAGGAAGGACAUACUGACGUAGUUCAGAUGUUGAUUAAUGAUACGGCAGACAUUAUUAAGUGUAGACAUACUGGAGAAUCACCUCUGUUCAUAGCUUGUAUGAAAGGACAUACUGAAUUAGUUCAGCUUUUUAUAAACAAUAAGGCAGACAUUAAUAAUUGUAAUAAAAAUGAAGCAUCACCUCUGUUCAUUGCCUGCCAAGAAGGAUCUGCUGAAGUUGUUCAAAUGUUAAUAAAAGAUGGUGCAGACAUUAAUAAGUGUAGAGAUAAUGGAUAUUCACCUCUGGACAUUGCUUGUGGGAAAGGACAUACUAAAGUAGUUCAGAUGUUACUGAACAACAAAGCUGACAUGAAUAAGUGUUUAGGUACUGGAGAAUCCCAUCUGUUCCUUGCUUGUAGUAAAGGAUAUACUGAAGUAGUUCAGGUGUUAAUAAACAAUAAGGCAGACAUAAACAAGUGUACAGACGAUGGAGGUUCACCUCUGCUCAUUGCUUGUCAGGAAGGACACACUGAAAUAGUGCAGAUAUUAAUAGACAAUAAGGCAGACAUAAAUAAGUGCAUAGAAACUGGCGAAUCCCCUCUGCAAAUUGCGUGUGACAAAGGACAUAAUGAAAUAGUUCAGAUGUUAAUAAACAAUAAGGCAGACGUUAAUAAGUGUCUUGAAACUGGUGAAUCAAAUUUGUUCCUUGCUUGUGGAAAAGGGAAUAAUAAAUUAGUUCAGAUUUUGAUAAACAAUAAGGCAGACAUUAAUAAGUGUACAAAUAUUGGAUGUUCACCCAUGUACAUUGCUUGUCAGGAAGGACACACCGAAGUAGUACAGAUGCUAAUUAACAAUAAGGCAGACACUAAUAAGUAUAGAGAUACAGGAGAAUCACCGCUGCACGUAGCUUGUAGGAAUGGACAUACUGAAGUAGUUAAAAUGUUAAUAAAUAAUGAGCCAGACAUAAAUGCGUGUAAAGAUAAAGAAUUAUCACCUCUGUAUAUUGCUUGUCAUGAAGGACAUGCUGAAAUAGUUCAGAUGUUAAUGAACAAUAUGGCAGACAUUGAUAAGUGCAAAGAUACUGGAGCAUCCCCUCUGUGCAUUGCUUCUUUGAAAGGACAUACCGAAGUAGUUCAGAUAUUAAUAAGCAAUAUGGUCGAUAUUAAUAAGUGGACUUGUUCUGAAGAAUCACCUCUGUUCAUUGCUUGUCAGGAAGGACAUACGGAAGUAGUUCAGAUGUUAAUAAACAAUAAGGCAGAAAUUAAUAUGUGUACAAAUACUGGAGAGUUAUCUCAAUUACUUGCUUCUGGAAAAGGGCAAAAUGCAAUACUUCAGAUGUUAAUAAACAAUCAGACAGACACUGAAAAGUGUAAAGAUAAAGAUGUAUCACCUCUGUACAUUGCUUGUCAGGAAGGACAUGCUGAAGUAGUUCAGAUAUUAAUAAAUAAUAAUGCUGAUAUUAACAAGUGUAUAGAAACUGGAGAAUCACCACUGUUUGUUGCUUGCGGGAAAGGACAUACGGAAGUAGUUCAAAUUCUGAUAAACAAUAAGGCAGAAAUUAAUAAGUGUAGAGUUACUGGGUCCGCACCUCUGUUCGUUUCUUGCGGAAUGGGACGUACUGAAAUAGUUCAGAUGUUAAUAAGCAAUAAGGCAGACAUUAAUAAGUGUACAUAUACUGGAGAAUCACCUCUUUUUAUUGCUUGUCAGGAAGGACAUACUGACGUAGUUCAGAUGUUAAUAAACAAUAAGGCAGACAUCAAUAAGUGUAGAGUUAGUGGGUUCUCGCCUCUGGCCGUUGCUUGCGAUAAAGGACAUAGUGAAAUAGUUCAACUGUUAAUAAACAAUACGGCAGACGUUAAUAAGUGUACAGAUGCUGGAGUAUCGCCUCUGUUCAUUGCCUGUCAGGAAGGACAUACUAAAGUAGUUCAAAUAUUAAUAAACAAUAAGGCAGAAAUAAAUAAGUGUACUAAUACUGGAGUAUCACCUUUGUUAAUUGCUUGUGGGAAAGGAUAUACUGAAGUAGUUCGGAUGUUAAUAAACAAUAAUGCAGACAAUAAUAUCUGUACAGUUACUGGAGCAUCACCUCUGUGCUUUGCUUGUCAGGAAGGCUAUACUGAAAUAGUUCAGAUGUUAAUAAUCAAUAAGGCAGACAUUAAUAAGUGUACAUAUACUGGAGAAUCACCUCUGUGCUUUGCUUGUCAGAAAGGCCAUACUGAAAUAGUUCAGAUGUUAAUAAACAAUAAGGCAGACAUUAAUAAGUGUGUAGUCACUGGAGCAUCAUCUAUGAGCUUUGCUUGUCAGGAAGGACAUACUGAAAUAGUUCAGAUGUUAAUAAACAAUGAGGUAGACAUUCAUAAGUGUACAGAUGCCGGCGAAUCACAUCUGUUCAUUGCUUGUGUGAAAGGACAACCAGAAGUAGUUCAGAUGUUAAUAAACCAUAAGGCAGACGUUAAUAAGUGUAUUGAUAGUGGAGAAUCACCUCUGUUCAUUGCAUGUGGGAAAGGACAUACUGAAGUAGUUCGGAUGUUAAUAAACCAUAAGGCAGACAUUAAUAAGUGUAUUGAUAGUGGAGAAUCACCUCUGUUCAUUGCUUGUCAGAUAGGACAUACUAAAGUAGUUCAAAUAUUAAUAAACAAUAAGGCAGACAUUCAUAUGUGUACAUCUGCUGGAAAAUCACCUUUGUUUAUUGCUUGUGGAAAAGGACAUACUGAAAUAGUUCAGAUGUUAAUAAACAAUAAAGCAGACAUUAAUAUGUGUACAUAUAUUGGAGCCUCACCUCUGUUUAUUGCAUGCCAGGAAGGACAGACUGAAGUUGUUCAUAUCUUAAUAAUGAAUAAGGCAGACAUUAAUAAGUGUAGAAAUGAUGGGGAAUCAGCUCUCUUCAUUGCUUGUCACCAAGGAUAUACUGAAGUUGUUCAAAUGUUAUUGAAUAAUAAGGCAGACAUUAAUAAAAGUAUGAUAACUGGCGAAUACCCUCUGUACAUUGCUUGUCAUCAAAGACAUACUGAGAUAGUUCAGAUGUUAAUUAAGAAUGAAGCAGACCUUAAUAAGUGUACAAACACUGGAAAUACACUUCUGUACGAUGCUUGUGAGAAGGGGCAUACUGAAAUAGUUCAGAUGUUAAUAAAUAAUAAGGCAGAUAUUGAUAAGUGUAUAAAUACCGGAGAAUCACCUCUAUUCGUCGCAUGUCACCAAGGACAUACCGAAGUAGUUCAGAUGUUAAUUAACAGUAAGGCAGACAUUAAUAAGUGUAAUAAUACUGGAAUAUCACCUCCAUACAUUGCUUUAACCACAGGCCAUACUGAAGUAGUUCCUAUUCUAUUAAACAAUAAGGCAGACAUUGAUAAGUGUAUAGAUAGUGGAGCAUCCCCUCUAUUUAUGGCUUGUUGGAAAGGAUAUACUGAUGAAAUACAGAUGUUAAUAAACAAUAAGUCAGACAUAAAUAAGUGUAUAGAUACAGGAGAAUCACCACUGUUCAUUGCCUGUCACCAAGGACAUACCGAAGUAGUUCGGAUGUUACUAAAUAAUAGAGCAGACAUUAAUAAGUAUAAAUAUACCGGAGAAUCACCUCUAUACAUUGCUUGUCAGAAAGGAUAUACUAAAGUAGUUCAGAUGUUGAUAAACAAUAAGGCUGACAUUAAUAAGUGUGUAGAUACUGGAAAGUUACCUCUGUUCGUUGCUUGUCACGAAGGACACACUGACACAGUUCAGGUGUUAAUAAACAAUAAGGCAAACAUUAAUACGUGUAAUGAUAAAAAAGUAUCACCUUUGUACGUUGCUUGUCAGGAAGGACAUUGUAAAGUAGUUCAUCUGUUAAUAAACAAUAAGGCAGACACUAAUAAGUGUAUAGAUACUGGAGAAUCACCACUGUAUAUUGCCUGUCACCAAGGACAUAUCGAAGUAGUUCAUCUGUUAAUAAACAGUAAGGCAGACACUAAUAAGUGUAAUGAUAAAGAUAUGUCACCAUUGUUCGAUGCUUGUCAUGAAGGACAUACUGAAGUAGUUCAGAUGUUAAUAAACAAUAAGGCAGACAUUAAUAAGUGUACAAAUACUGGAGCAUCACCUCUAUUCAUUGCCUGUCAGAGAGGACAUAUCAAGAUUGUAGAGUUGUUAUUAACAAAGGAGGCAGAUUGCAACCUUAAAUGUAUAGGGUUGUCACCGCUAGAUAUUGCUAAAAUAGAAAAUUAUACCAACAUAGUGCAGAUAUUACAGACACAGAAUAAAUAUACAAUUAUAUACAGUCGAACAUAGGCAAACAAGACAAAUCAAUCAAACUGUUAUGCUAAACAGUGUUUUGAUAUAAUACAAAGAACCGUCCCACUGCUAGAAGAGAAAUUAACAUCUAUAUGGUAUACUAAGUAUGAUAGACAAUGUGGAUAUAAUCCUGUACAGUAAUAUAAUUUAAAGACCAUUCAACUUUUCAACCGGGAACAGUACAAAAAGAUAAAUCAUUAUCAAAAUACUUAUAUGUAAAUGUCAUAAUAAUGCAUUAAUAUCUACUUAUUUCCUUGUUCUUGUUGAUUUUGUUUGAAUAUUGGAUGAUAUUAUUUUGAUAAGAAAGUUAUGCCAAUCAGUUCAACCAAACCUUGUUCAGUUUUCAUGUAAAUAGAUACUAUGACAUGUAUAAUUUAUAGGUGAACAAUGUAUAAGUUUGUAAAGAAGAAUUGUAAGAUAUACAUAUCUAUUUCACAGGAGAGUUCAUCGGAGCGUAACCUUUUUUUUAGUUACCUGAACCCACAGGUCCAUUUAAGCUGUUGUCCUAACGUGAUGUCUUUUGUCAUAACAUUUUUAAGUAUCCUCUUAACUACCAAACAGACCAAUUUGCGACCACUUAUUGGCUGAAUUAUGUGAGAAUACCUGUUUAAAGUUCGUGUGUUUUGGUCCUGAAAAAUUGUGCUAAUCAGCCACUAUGGAUAAUGAAAAGAACGGAGUGUACCUAUGAUGUCACGCUGGUUGAAUGACAUACACAAGAUCAAACUAUUAAAGAAGUCAUUUUUUUAUUGAUGACAAUUUUGAGGCAAAAUAAUGACAUAAAAGGAACGUUUUCAUGGUUUAACGAACAACCGUGUAACUUAUGGUUAAAUGUUACAAUAAUAAAAGUAGGAUUUUACAUGUCCCUUUCUGGGAGUUUGAAUCUAUAAUAGUGAUGAUGAAAAAUUGUCUAUAUUCUUAGAAUAAAAAAAAGAUAUUAAAAUGACUAGA